GCUCUGUUCGGUUGGAAGGCGCGCGGGCGUCCAGCAGCAACAGCAACAACAGCAACAGCAACUACAACAGCAGCAACUACGGCAGCAACAACACCCAAGUCAAGCGCCGAGGACUGGGACUUGAGCGAUUUCCCACUCGCCGUCCAUUCAGCUGGAAGUCUUUCGCUCGCACGGUUCAAAAACUAAACUUGAACAUUUUCGAAAAAAUUAAAAAAUCCAAUUCCAAUCUCGAAAAAAAAUUUAAUCAAAACACCAAAUCCCCCGGCGUUCCGAAGAGAAAUAAUAACAUUUUUGUUAACUGUUGCAAACAUUGCGUUUAAUUGUUUGUUUUGGUCGUAAAAUCAAAUUUUAUGACCAGCAACAUAAAAAGCGAACGCCAGCGGCAGCAGAAAAAACAACAACUACUGCAGGCCCCACAAAUAAUAAACUAUUUAUGAUAAUUAUAAAAAACAAAAGGGAAAAGAAAAAUAAAUACAAAACAGAGGAGCAAGCAAAAGUAAAAAGAAAAGUGAAAAGAAAAACUUGAACUAAAAAAAGCACAAAUUUGGAGAAUUGAAAAAUUUUGGAAAACUAAAAAAGCCAAUUUGAAAAUAUUGCCUGAGUUUCUGGCUACCGUGAACACCCUGUGAAACCGAAACUGAUUCGAUCCCCUGUGCAACAACAAAGUGACUCUCUUUGCCCGCUCUUCGGGCAGUGUGCGUGUGUGAGUAAGUCGGCGUGUGCGUGUGACCGCUGGCGGACGUCUGUGUGCGUGUGCGGUACGCAAGAAAAAGGGGCAGCCAAAAUUACUUAUUUGGAUAUUGAAAACUGAUUUAAAAAUUGAAGAAAAACUAAAAACAAAAUCUAAAAAAUUAAAAAAAAUUACAACUUUAAUAAAGGGGUGCUAAAAAUAUAAAAAAGGUCGGUGGGUCGAGGCGAUCGACCCCACUGCACCGCCUUAACCCAACGUCGCCGCUGUUCGAGUGCAACGCGUCCAAGAUAACCGUAAAUAUUCCACCCCUCCCCCAGACCCCAACCAUCCCGCUGGCGUGCGCUCUCUACGACCCCCACGAUGUCUCGGCAGUCGGGUCGCACGCCGCUGCCGGGGCGUGGUGGGGGCAUCACACACACACCCACACCCACGUACCCACCGCCCACCCGCAUCCGCACCCGCAUCCGCAUCCCCAGGCGCAUCCCUCCCUGCCCGCCAUGCAGCAACACCACCUGCAACAGCAGCAGCAGCAGCAACAGCAGCAGCAACAACAGCAGCAGCAGCAGCAGGAGCAGCAGCAUCUGCAGGAGCAGCAGCAACAUCUGCAGCAACUGCACCACCAUGCGCACCACCACCUGCCUCAGCCUCUGCACACCACCAGCCAUCACCACAGCGCGCAUCCCCACCUGCAGCAGCAGCAACAGCAACAGCAGCAGCAGCAGCAGCAACAUGCAGUCGUCGCCACCUCGCCCUCCUCGGUGCUCCAGCAGCAGCAACAGCAGUCAGCGCCCACCACACAUUCCACGCCCACGCAUGCGGUCAUGUACGAGGAUCCCCCGCCUGUGCCAAUUGUCGCCGUGCAGCAGCAACUCCUCCCCGCUCCGCAGCAGCAGCAGCAACUCCAGCAGCAACAGCAGCAGCAGCAGCAGCAACAGCUGGCGACAACACCGGUGGCCGGCGCCCUCAGUCCCGCCCAAACACCCACUGGAUCCUCCGCCCAACAACAGCAGCAACAACAGCAGCAGCAGCAGCAACAUCUCACAUCGCCCCACCACCAGCAACUGCCGCAGCAGCAACAGACCCCAAAUAGCGUGGCCAGCGGCGCCUCCGCGAAUCUCCAGCAGAAUGCUGCAGUUGCUCCUGGCCAGACACAGAUCGUUCCGCCCACCACGGCGAGUGUUUCUCCCUCCAGUGUUAGUUCUCAGAAGGAAGACAUCAAUAUGUCCAUCCAAUUAGCGCCCCUGCACAUACCCGCCAUGCGGCCGGGAUUCGAGACGGACACCUCGGCGGCGGUCAAGCGGCACCCGGCACACUGGACCUACAACGAUGACGCAUUCAACCAGUAUCCAGGCUACGCGAAAGGGCACUACGACCGCAACCACAUGUUCCCCUACCCCUAUCCAGACACCAGCCAGUUUCCGGUUUACUGGACCGGAGGCUACCGCGCCGAUCAGAGCAGCUCCGCCAGCACCGCCGCGGCGGCAGUGGCCUAUAUGAACGACCAGGAGCGCCACGUGAGCGCCGCCGCCCGUCAGUCCGUCGAGGGCACUUCGACGUCCAGCUACGAGCCGCCCACCUACUCCUCUCCAGGCGGACUGCGCGGCUAUCCCGGCGAGAACUACUCCAGCUCAGGAGCCUCCGGUGGAUUGUCGGUGGGUGCAGUGGGUCCUUGCACGCCCAAUCCCGGACUGCACGAGUGGACCGGCCAGGUGUCCGUCCGGAAAAAGCGGAAGCCGUACUCCAAGUUCCAGACCCUGGAGCUGGAGAAGGAGUUCCUUUUCAAUGCAUACGUGUCCAAGCAGAAGCGCUGGGAGUUGGCCAGGAACUUACAGUUGACCGAGCGACAGGUCAAGAUAUGGUUCCAGAAUCGGCGCAUGAAGAACAAGAAGAACUCGCAGCGCCAGGCCAAUCAGCAGAACAACAACAACAACUCGAGCAGCAAUCACAACCACUCGCAGGCGACCCAGCAGCACCACAGCAGCCACCACCUGAACCUUAGCCUAAACAUGGGUCACCAUGCCGCCAAGAUGCACCAGUGACCCUUGGACAACAGCAGCGCGGGCGCCAUGGGCUUUGCCACCUACUAGCAGUUAGCCAAUCCGAGUGGGGUCACCAACCAGCCCAACUCGAAUCCCCAACCCAUGUCCGAUCCGAACCACCAUCAGCUAAUCAAGAACGAGCUGGCCAUGGACUUUCCAUGUUAGCCAGACGAUAGAGAUGCUCCAGCCAGGCCGAGUGAGGUCGGUUAAAUGUACAAAAACUCCAGAGAUCUCUAGGAUGCGGUAGAGGAUAAUAUGUAGCCUGAAACCAGGAGGAGGAGGAGGAUCAGGAUGAGCAGCUGCCCAGGAGUGCGCAGGCGUCGCUGAUGUUGAUUAUGUGACCAGUCGACGUUGAUGGAAAUGCAGUUAGUUAUUAAGUCAGUUCUAUGGAUCCCCAGGGAUCCCCAGGGAACCCCUGAGGUCCCAAACCCAACACGAUAAUGCAGCUUAGUUCGGUAGUUGAAUAUAGAUACGAGUAAGAUGAAGAAGCAGCCGUAGCAGAUGCACUUGAAAUUUCGCAACUGUACGAAAAUAUAUGUAUGUACGUAUUUCUCUCAAACGCUCUCAUUUACCUAGGCGAGCACUAUGAAUUUUCCGAACUAUAAAUUAUGAAUAUGAAUAUACUUAAACGUCAGUGAAUAUAACCCCGCAUAAAUUAUGAAUACACGCGUUCGAGUAGUAGAUUUUACCAUAACUAUCCACUUAAGAGUUAGGCAGAGCAGAGCAGAGCAGCGCAGAGCACAUUGUAGACCCAGAUAAAUGUUCUUGAAACAAAAGAAAUUGUUUAACAAUUUUCGGACCCCUCACAGCCCCCCGCAAAACACACACACACUCCGCAGUCUAGGAUAAAUUUUGUCGUGUAAUGUUUUUCGUCGUGUCGUGUCCUUUGAUACCUUCUAAGUUCCUGUAUAUAAACUAAGACAUCGCGCUGAUUUCCGGCCGAAGCAAGCACUCGAUAACUAAAUUAAUGCAGAUAUAUAUACUGCGUACACGCAGAGAUAUUCAAUACUUGUAUGAUAUGAACUCGAAUUCGAUUUUAGCAAAUGGUUAAUCGUAAGUCGCGAAUUUUCAAUGAGUGUGUGCAUGUUUACUCCAUAGUUGAAGUCGCUUUCGAACUUAAUUAACUCUAAAAACGAUGAAAAACAAAAAAAAGAGAAGAAAACUACUCGUAAAGCUAAAGCAACAAAAACUAAAGAGAAAUACAUUUUACUAAAGUAAGCGAGUGUGAAAAAAUGAGGCGGGGAUGUGUCGAGGAGGAGUAAUUACCAUACCGUAACAGCUACUUAUAUAACUUACACAUAGUACAUAUAGUAAUCGUACAUAUGCAUACAUAUAUUUUCAUGUGUAUCGACGCCGCUUGAUCCUGAUAUUAAGUCUAAGUUUAGUUGUGUUGUGUAAUUAUCGAUUUUGUUAAUGUUUUGCCCCGAGCAUUAUAUUAUUAUGCUAAACCUAUACCUACACCUACACCUACACCUAUGCCUAUCAUUAUAUGUGUAUAAUUAGCCUAUACAUACUUGAUGAAGAAAUGAUUUCACCCACUGCUUUAUUCAUGUUCUUGUAUUAUUAUUAUUUCGAGCCCUCGAUAAGUUGUAGUCUAAAGUCGGUUAUGUUUAUGAUUAUGUUCGAUUAUAGUUUGUUUAGUGAAUUUUAAUCUAGCGUUAGCAAUUCUCUUUUUUAAAAAGUUAAUUAUUGUGAAUAAAAUACAACAAGUUGCAGAAGUGCAAGAAUAUACACAAAAUUUGAAAGUA